AUGAAGGCAAUCAUUGAAACUCUCCUAUCCGAGGACGAAGCUUCUCGUGCAUUGCAGGGAUACAAUUUUCGUGAAAAUCUCGUCGAUGCUCUUUUGUAUUCAUUCGAGACUCACAAGGAUGAAUUGCAUCAGCAAUCUGCCGGCUCUGGCUAUGGGAAAUCGAGGCUGCUCUUGGAAUUGGCGGAACAAGAUCAAGGAAACGUCCGUCUGAUAAUUUACCUAUCAUUUGCUACAACUCAAGCAUACCCAAAGUCAACAGGGUCCAAGAAACAAAUCACUCCAGAUCUACUUCGCUGUGCAUAUCGACGAACAGCUGCUCUUGUAGUAGAUGAUGCUCACAAGGGUAUUGAUUGGUUGAUUCCUGUACACUUAGGGUCCGACAAGUUUAAGGCUCUUGUGGGACAAGACAAGAACCGGAUAGGAGAUUCUUUUAGCAACCUACAGGCAGUGUCGAACGAGGCGACGCAUCGCAAAGUUACACCACAAUACUAUCUUACGAAAGAGGAAAAGGAAGAAUUUCAGAAAGCGCAGAUGAGUUUGGACUGGCCUGCUGUUUUAUUUGCCAUUGAUGGGGACGAAGAGAAAAUUGGUUGGGUAGAAAGCAGUGCAAUGACAUUACGCUCUCGUACGUCACGAAGACAGGUCUCCCUGUAUCGUCUUGACUGGACUUGGAUUCACCAAGCUCAUGAAUGCCGCUUGCAAUAA